AUGGAUGAGAACUUCAAUGCAAUGGCAGAAGACUUUGCAUACAAUGGAAUACCAGAAGGUCAAUCCCAAAUUCAAGCAGCUCUUCGAAGCUUGAAUGCUUUUCUGCAAAGACAUUCAAAAAUCAUAGCUGACUACAAUCUACCAGAAUUAUUUUUAGAAAACAAUGUUUGGGAAUUGCCAAAAAUACUUCUGGAAGAAUUAUCCUAUCAUGUUACUACAGAAGAUCUUACAAAAGCAGAUACAUUAAAUGAAGCUCAGCAUGCAAUAUUUGAUGAGGUGUUAAACCUUAUAAACCAAGGUGAAGGAGGUGUACUGUUUGUGGAUGGUCCUGCUGGAAGUGGAAAAACCUAUCUUUAUGAUUGUCUUCUUGCCCAUGUAAGAACCAAUCGUAAGAUUGCAUUGGUAGUAGCCUCUUCCAGCAUUGCUGCAUUACUAUUACAUGGCAGAUGCACUGUACAUUCUCGAUUCAAAAUACCAAUUGCCACAAUGGAUAAAAAUGCAACCUGUAACAUCAAAAAAGGGACUGACUUAGCCAGAUUGCUACAAGAAACUACCCUGAUCAUCUGGGAUGAAGCCCUAAUGACACAUCAUCAUGUUCCUGAAGCUGUUGACAGAACAUUAAGAAACAUUAUGGAGAAUGAACUUCCAUUUGGUGAUUAUGAAGCAAAAAAAUUUGCAGAAUACCUUUUGAGGAUAGGUAAUGGUACUGAACCUACAAUAGGAAACAACCUAAUUCAACUUCCUGAUAAGAUGAUCAUUCACCCACAGAAUGGAAAGGAUCCCAUUGAUUUGUUAUUAGACACCAUUUACCCUAACCUCACUGAAAAUUCUGCAAACAUCACCUUUUUAACAACAGAAAGAGCAAUACUGACCCCAUUGAACAAUGAUGUUGAUGUGAUCAAUGAGAGAAUCAUGGCCAAAUAUCCUGGAGAGCAAUGUAUAUAUUAUAGCUUCGACUCAGUGCCAGAAGAUGACCAGAAUCUAUAUCCAAUUGAAUAUCUCAAUUCAAUAACACCACAAGGUCUUCCUCCACAUGAGCUCACUCUAAAAAUCAAUGUUCCAAUCAUGUUACUUAGAAACCUAG